AUGACACAUAAGAAGCGAUCUGGUGCCAACAGGACGCCUGAGUUUCUCACCGACGUUAGUCUCCACUUCUUCACCGUACCACUGAUCGCCCAACUUAUUGCCCCAGCUCAUCACCAGAUUGAAAUUCUUUCAUCUAUUAGCGUCUUGGAAAAGGAAGUGAAUGGCAGGCCCAACAACACCAAGGAGGCCCUCAAGGCAGCCAACAGGAACGCCAUGGCCAACAUGGACCAGGAGAACCGUCUAAAAAACUGCUCCAGCUUAAGGUCGCGCUUGGAAAAAUGGGAGGCCGCUGAUGAUGACUUCUUCAGUAAUUGCUUUUUCAUUUCAUCGCUCCUCCGAUUUUUUCCCUAUGGACUUUUUCAUUUUCCUUCAAUGAUUGCUUUUUUCUUUCAUAUCUCAUAUUAUUUGGCCCCUUUCCUGUUUUUCUUCCUCUUCAAUGUUUCCUCCAUUUUUUCUUCUCUAAUGUCCUUCCGCAUCUUUCGUUGUUUUUUGGGGUUUUUUCACUCUCCAACAAUAAUACCUCUUUCCUUUCAUCUCUCCUUCUUUCUUCCACUCGUCUCUUUUUAUUUCUCUGGUCUUAAUCAAUCUUCUUCAGUGAUUUCUUCUUCCUUUCAUCUCUCCUUGUGUUUUCACUUCGUGUCUUUUCAUUCCUGUCGCCCUUUUCAGUCUCCUUCAAUGAUUCGUCUCCUUUUUCAUCUCUCCAAUUGUCUUUCCGAUCGUCUCUUUUCAUUCCUGUGGCCUUUUUCAGUCUCCUUUUAUGAUUUCUCGUCUCUUUUCAUGCCUGUCGCCUUUCUUCAGUCUCCUUCAUUGAUUCGUCCCCCUUUUCAUCUCUCCAAUUGUCUUUCAGCUUGUCGCUUUUCAUUUCUCUCGUCUCUUUUCAUUCCUGUCGCCUUUCUUCAGUCUCCUUUUAUGACUCGUCUCCUUUUUCAUCUCUCCAACUGUCUUUCCGAUUGUCUCCUUUCAUUUCUGUCGCCCUUUCAGUCUCCUUCAAUGAUUCGUCUCCCUUUUCAUCUCUCUAACUUUCUUUCAGCUCGUCUCUUUUCAUUCCUGUCGCCUUUUUCUGUCUCCUUUAAUGUUUCUCCCUCCUUGUCUCCCCUUCAAUCUUUCCCGUUAAUGAUUUCUUUUUCCUUUCUCUAA